AUGCAGUUUUCUGUGCUGGUCGCCAUGCUUGCCAUCCUCAUCGCUCUCACCUCCGCUGUCAAUGCCCAUUUUCCAGUCUACAGUCUUUACAAGGAGCGGAAACCGGUUGAUUUGUUCCAAGCCUUGGCCAGCGCACGGCAAGCAAAACGACGAGCUGGAGUAUUUGAGGAGAACUAUGAUCUGCCAUUAUCGGAAUUCUACCGUAGCAAAUAA